AUGGACAUCACCCGCCCCACCUCCGCCCUCCACCCCGGCUCCCCCCCAGAACUCACCCCAACAGAGCAAGAAGUCCUCGAGGAAUAUGAGCGGUUGGCAGAUAACAUGAAAAAACUCGCCUCCCUCCUCGACACCCUAGCCUCCAACCCCACAGUCGAAAUCCUCGAUGGCCUCCGCGAGCUCGAGCGCAAGACCUCGUUGGUUUUCACCCUCCUAAAAGCAAGUGUCUACAGCAUUGUUCUGCAGCAGGAGAUGGGCUGGGGUGGUGGGGGUGAUCAGCAACAACAACAACAACAACAACAACAUCAGGAGGGGGAUCACUUUGAUGAUGAUGAUGAUGAUGAGUGA